UCCUCUGAGCUGCGGCAGAGCUGACGCAAAGUUGCGUGUUAGGUACAGCAGAAGUCACCUGCAGUCAGCUUUUAGGGUCCGUUUUUUUAACCUUUUCGUUAUAAAACCACCGUCUCAUCUUCAGCAGAGGGUUAUUUUACGCGGGUCAACAUGGCGACCGACAUAACAAAAGGUGUGGACAAAGUAUCAGUGGCCGAGCUGUACGUGUCUGAUAAAUGUGGCAGCGACGAGGACGGAGACGGUUCUGAGCAGAAACCCUUCAGAACUCCUCUAAAGGCGCUGCUGUUCGCUGGGAAGGAGCCGUUCCCGACUGUCUAUGUGGAGUCCCAGAAGGAGGGGGAGCGCUGGUCGGUGAUCUCCAAAACCCAGAUGAAGAACGCUAAGAAGGCCUUUAACCGCGAGCAGAUGAAGAACGAUGCCAAAGACAAGAAAGAGGCUGAAGACAACGAGAGGAGGGAGAGGAACCUGGAGGAGGCCAAGAAGAUACUCGUCACGAAGGACCCAAACCUGCCGGAACCAGAAACGGUUAAAAUCCACCAGCUGGAGGCCAAGAGAGGUCAGAGGGUCAAAGUGUUCGGAUGGGUCCAUCGUCUCCGGCGGCAGGGGAAGAACCUGAUGUUCAUCGUGCUGCGGGAUGGAACCGGGUUCCUCCAGAGCGUUCUGUCUGAUAAACUGUGUCAGUGCUACCACGGCCUGGUUCUGUCUACAGAGAGCACCGUGGCUCUGUACGGUACCAUCACUCCGGUUCCUGAGGGGAAGCAGGCACCUGGCGGCCACGAGCUUCACUGUGACUUCUGGGAGCUGAUCGGCUUGGCGCCAGCAGGUGGCACCGACAACCUGCUGAACGAAGAGUCUGACGUGGACGUGCAGCUGAACAACCGACACAUGCUGAUCCGAGGAGAGAACGUCUCCAAGAUCCUCCGGGUCAGAUCCACGGUCACGCAGUGUUUCCGGGACCACUUCUUCAGCCGUGGAUAUUACGAGAUCACUCCGCCCACGCUGGUUCAGACCCAGGUGGAGGGCGGCUCCACCCUCUUCAGUCUCAACUACUUCGGCGAGCAGGCCUACCUGACCCAGUCCUCCCAGCUCUACCUGGAGACCUGCAUCCCCGCCUUGGGAGACACGUUCUGCAUCGCCCAGUCCUAUCGGGCCGAGCAGUCCCGCACCCGCAGGCACCUGUCUGAGUACACUCACAUCGAGGCGGAGUGUCCCUUCAUUUCUUUCGAGGACCUGCUGAACCGGCUGGAGGACCUGGUGUGUGACGUGGUGGAUCGGCUGCUGAAGUCCCCCGCUGCAGAGCUGCUGCACGACAUCAACCCGGAGUUCAAACCCCCCAAGAGGCCGUUCAAGAGGAUGAACUACAGCGAAGCCAUCGAGUGGCUCAGAGAGCACGACGUCAAGAAGGACGACGGCACCUAUUACGAGUUCGGAGAGGACAUCCCCGAGGCUCCGGAGAGGCUGAUGACCGACGCCAUCAACGAGACCAUCCUGCUCUGUCGUUUCCCCGCCGAGAUCAAGUCCUUCUACAUGCAGAGGUGUCCUGAGGACCGACGCCUCACCGAGUCGGUGGACGUGUUGAUGCCGAACGUCGGGGAGAUCGUCGGAGGUUCGAUGCGUAUCUGGGACUCUGAUGAGCUGCUGGAGGGGUACCAGAGAGAGGGGAUUGACCCGACUCCGUACUACUGGUACACCGACCAGAGGAAGUUUGGGACGUGUCCUCAUGGCGGUUAUGGUCUGGGUUUGGAGCGGUUCCUCACCUGGCUGCUCAACAGACACCACAUCAGAGACGUGUGUCUGUACCCGCGCUUCAUCCAGCGCUGCCGACCCUGAACUCCACACAUCUGGAUCAGCGCCCCCUAGAGCCAGCGUGUGCUGCUUGCUGCGCGUUGAGUCCACCGGUUUCUUCUAUCGUCUCAAAUCUCAUCGCUAACGAGCUUCUCAGACGGAGUUCUGCUCCUAAAAGCUUCGCCCUCGUCUCUUCUGUCACCUGAACUCGGCUGGAUCACGUUUAUCUUUACAGAAACUCACAGAUUUUAUCCUAAAUACUGCUGAACAGGAAGUCUGUCUAAUUAAAUCAGAUAUUUAUCUGGAAUUUGACUUUAAUAUGUAACGUUUAAAACUCAAAGUAUAAAUUCACAGAUAAAUAAAAGAUCUGAAGUUUGUUUCCUUCUGAAAUCAUUGUUUUCCCAUCAGUGCUGGUCCAAAAACGCCUCGCUGCUCGUUUGUUCUUCAUCUCAAAUGUGUGAAAAUGCACUGAAAUAAAACCCAUUCAACCUGGA